CGCAUUUCCGGUUCGAGCCGGAAAUAAAAGUCAAACCAGACCGGACCGGGUGUCUAACGCGCCGCCAUACUCAAAAUCAUAACUGUCUAAACAGCGUCGUUAGUUCAUCUGCGACUCUCUGAUUUGUUCCUUUCUCUCUGAAACCCUAACCCUAACCUCGACCGUCUGGAAGCCUAUCCAAUGGCGUACCAGACCCCUGAUCGAGAUUCUGAAUCGGAUCCGAAGACACCAACGCGUCUCUAUAACCCCUACAAGGACCUUGAAGUCCCCAUUCGCAACCUCUACCAGCUCCCGACUUCCCCCGAGUAUCUCUUCGUCGAGGAGGCUCGCCGCAAGCGUCGAUCAUGGGGCGAGAACCUCACCUUCUACACAGGAUGUGGCUACCUUGCCGGCGCCGUCGGCGGUGCCACCGCCGGCCUCGUCGAAGGCGUAAAGUCCUUCGAGUCCGGUGACACCGCCAAGCUUCGCAUCAACCGCGUCCUCAACUCCUCCGGUCAUGCCGGCCGAGCCUGGGGCAACCGCCUAGGCGUCAUUGGCCUGCUAUACGCCGGCAUCGAGAGCGGGAUCGAGGCGGCGAGGGACACCGACGAUGUCUGGAACAGCGUUGCGGCCGGACUCGGCACUGGCGCAUUGUAUCGUGCCGCGAGAGGGGUGCGGUCGGCGGCCGUGGCGGGGGCUGUUGGCGGCGUCGUGGUUGGAGUUGCUGUCACCGCGAAGCAGGCAUUGAAACGCUACGUGCCUAUUUGAGAACGACACAUUUUGUGAGCAUUUGAUUUUUCUUCUUCCUUUAUUGGGGUUACUAUCAAUUUUGAGCGAUUGUUAGGGUAUAAGCAUUGUUUUACCAGCAUGUGGCAGUGUUUGCCGUUGCAAACAAUUGGUUUUACCGUUAUGCAUAUUUUUUCAGCUUGAUAAUGGCUAACCUUUCUAAUGUAAUUUGUCGAAUCAUCAUGCAUGAAUAAUUGGGACGGCUUUAAUGCUGGAUAUAUAGUAUCAAAAUAUCGUUCCUCUGUCA